UAACAUUUUUUGGCUAAUAUUCGAGCAUAUACCUUCGCAGACGCAACGUACUCUGCCAGUCGUACAUUCAUUCAUAAAAUAUCAACAGAGCAGGUCCGCAUUUCAAAACAUGACAUCUCUUUGAGAGAGAAACAUUCUUCAAAUUUCGGGGGUGGUUGUUGCUCGCAUACUUGCGUGGACUGUUUCUUCCAUACCGUCAUAAUAACACAACAAUUCGGUAGGAUGAAGUCAUUUCUGAUAGUUUUUUGUUCCGGCUUAGUCAAGCAGUUAGUAUCAAAUCGUUGUACGAACAGAUUGGAUUGUAUAGAGAGUGCCCUAAUUGUACAGGAUUAUUCAAGAUCAAGACGGAAUCUUCAACCGGGUCAUCUGGUCCUAGCUUUUUAAUAAAUAUUCAGAGUUCACUGCCAAAAAUCAAUCAUGUUUGGGCGAAAAGGUGGUUUUCCGAGGCAGUCAACAGCUGGUUCCGGUACCCGGGUAUCCGUUGUUUCUCCGGCGUACACAAUUGAGCGAUACUCUUCCUACUACCCAAUGAAUCAUAAAAAUCGCGGAAAAGCGGUAAUUUUUACUCAUGCCGUGUUUUCGGUGCCGAACGUGAAAUUGGCUGCCCGAGAAGGUGGCGAAGUGGAUUGCAAAAUGCUGGGUGAAUCUUUGGAAAGGCUUGGCUUCGAGGUGGACAUAUACCGCGAUAAACGAUUGAAGGAUAUUCUGCAGAUUACUGAGAAAGUUUCAGUUAUGGAUCACAGUAACAGUGACUGCCUAGUCGUAGCGAUUCUAACCCAUGGCGAUGAAGGAGAAAUUAUCUACGCUCAUGAUUGUCCAUACCAAAUAUCCAGUAUCUGGACCCAAUUCACCGGAGACCGUUGCCCAACAUUGGUCAGCAAACCGAAGAUAUUUCUUAUCCAAGCUUGUCGAGGAAAUGAACUCGACUCAGGCGUCAAAAUCGAAAAAGAUGGUGUAGCUCGCUACAGUAUUCCGACGCAUGCGGAUUUUCUGUUUGCCUUCGCAACAAUACCUGGAUUCAUGUCGUUCCGGAACACUAAAAAUGGUUCCUGGUUUAUUCGAGAGCUCUGCCACGAGUUAAACGAAAACGGACAACGAUACGAUUUCCUGACUCUGCUGACUUUUGUUGUUCAGAAAGUGGCGUAUGGUUACGAAUCAAUAGCGCCAAAUACUCCAGAAUAUCAUCUGAAAAAACAAACACCAUGCAUUGUUUCAAUGUUAACCAGACUGUUAUUGUUCAAUUAUGUUUAAAAAAAGAUGUUCAUAAUUUUAAGUGUAUUUUUCCUGGUAACAAUUCAUUAAGCUAUUAUUCAUGUUUUAUUUUUCAAAUUAUAAUAUUCUAAUAAACUAAAACCAAAUCCGUAA